AUGGGUGAGAGCGUGACGUACGCGGACCUGCGGUUCUCCAAGGCCCCCCCAGGAUGGAGCGCAGCCCCCCGAGCACAGAGGGCAGCCCCCCGAGCCCCGGGCGAGGCUGACGGGAGCUAUGAGAACCUGCAUCUGGGCGCAGUGGGCGAGGGGCCGGCCGGGAGCAGGGCCCAGCAGCGCAGAGAGCCCCUGUGGAGAGCGCGGUCACCGCCCCUGGGCCUGCUGGCAGCCUGCCUGGCCCUGCUGGUCACCACCAUCGCUCUGGGGGUCUGCUGCCUCCACCGGCUCCACUGUCCCUAUGGCUGGGGGUGGUUUGGGGGUAGGAGUGAGCCUAGGGAGGUCCUGCCCUGCUGCAGCCGCAGUGCCCAGCUGGAGGUGCCCGGUCCUGGCCCUUGUACUGAUGGCCCCGCACCCACAGACUGGCAGCAGGGGCAGCGGCUGCAGCAGGCGUCCCACACACAUGCAGCCGAGCUCCACGGCCUGUGGCAGCAGGUGGGCACCCAGGAGCAGCGGCUGGGGCAGGCGGGUGCGGUGCUGGUGCAGGCGCAGGAGGAGCUGGCACGGACCCGAGCGGAGCUGGCACAGGCCUGGCAGGAGGGGAACCACAGCCAGGAUGAGCUGCACCGCUGGGACACAGAGCUGCAGGAGACCAAGGUGCAACUGGGCCAGAUGCAGGAGCAGGCCUGGGACCUGCAGCAGCAGCUGAACAAGACUGAGAGCGCCCUGGCCAGUGCAUGGCCCUGCCAGGUCACAGGUACCCCAGGGAGGGGCAGGGCAAGGCAGGAAGUGGACACCCCCAGGGCUGGCAGUGCAUCAGGACAGCCCUUCCCUGCAGGCAGUGCUGGGGCCGGGCCCCGCGGGGAGAUGGUGGGGACAUCACCGGUGUCCUGGCCUGGCUCCCCCAGACGGAGCGGCUGCCUGUGCGCAGACUGCUGCCCGGAGACCUGGGUGCUGCACCGCGGGAAGUGCCUGUUCCUCUCCAAGGAGAAGAAGACCUGGAAGGACAGCAAAAAGUGGUGUGAACAGGAAUCUGCACAGCUCCUCAUCCUCUGGGACUGGGACAAGAUGAAGAUGCCGAGCUUCCUCACCACCAUGGACACCUUAUACUGGAUUGGGCUCCGGAGAGACUGGAAAACGAUGGGCCGGUGGACUUGGAUUGAUGGGACCGAAUACUCAGAUGGUUGGACACCUAUAACCUAUGCUUCUUAUGGAGCAAUUAAAGGGGGCAGCAUAAGGAGUGAACUAGCCUGGAUGGAGGAUGAACUCCCCUGGAUCUGUGAGAAGGCUGACCAUCCACGGGGAGCCACAAAGAGCAACCCUGGGGUAUGAAGACAGGAGGCUCUCUUGCACCGCUUCGGCACGGCCGUGCCUGGAGCACUUCUCGCCGCGCUCCCUGCACGCAGCACUGCCUGCUCUCCAGCCCUGCCCCAGCCUGGCUGCCCUUGCCCAGACACCUCCACCUCCAGCACCUGCAUCCUGCCCGUCCCACAGCCUAGACCCACGCGGGCUUCCUCGUGCAGCGCAGCACACUGCAGACUCCUCUUGAAUCUGGGACCUCCCGAGAUGCCCAGGUCCUUCUCCAUAGCACUGCCCCCAGCCGUGUCUCACCCUCUCUGUGCCUGUGUCCGUGACCCUUCCUCCUGAGGACAGCACCGUGCACUUGUCCACACUGACCUGCAUCCUGUCACCUCCAGCCCGGCUUCUCAGUUUGUCGAGUCCAUCUGUGUUGCACUGUGCUCGUGCCCUCCAGCGUGUUCACGGCCCUUGUCAGGGUCGUGUCAUCCGUAACUUCCUUACAAGUUUCCUGUGCCGGCAUCCAGACCAUGAAUGGACACGUUGAGCAGCCCCAAGCCCAGGACAGACCCCCGCAGGGCUCCACUUGAAGCCACCAGCAGUCCUGACAUGGACCCAGACUGAAUUACUGGCCCCAUUGCUGCCUGCAAUGGACCCAGCUCUCUGUCUACCAUGUAGUAGCUUUGUACAGCCCAUGCAUUUCCAGCUGGUUUAUGAGGAGGUCGUGGGGGACCUUGUCCAAAGCCUUGCUGAAGUGCCCGCAGCAGCGCAGCACAGACGGAUCUGGCUGUUUCUUUGUAGUAGCAGGAGCUCAAGCUUGUUGGACACAAUUUGUUGACAGUAAACCCACACUGGCUGCUCCGGACCAGCCUUUCCUUCUCCACAUGCUUGCAAAUGGCCUUCAAUUAGCAUCUCCCCCUGUAACUUCCUGGGAAUUGAGGUGAUGGCGGCAGGUCUAUAAUUCCACAUGUGCCCUCUUGUCUUUUCCAGAGAGGAACCUUACGUUGCUCUUCUCCUGUCCUCUGGGCCCCACCUGCGUGCCCCAUCUCCAUCAUUGUCAUUGCCGAGGCCCCAAGGUCCCCCUGUCCAGCCCUUCGGUGCAGUUCCUGAGGCCCUGCUGACCCGAGCUCACGCAGACCCGUCAGACACUGCCUAGGAAGGGGCUUGCUGGGGUUGAUCUCUCAUUGUGGACCAAGUCCGUGACUGGGAGAGACGACAGAGGAAUGUUUGGGUUCAAAGGGUCUUUCCCGUGGGCUGGAGCUGUCUCAGCGGCAGCCUCAUCUCAAUUCUGAAGACAACAGGGACCAGAUAAAAUACCAGCUCUGUGUCAUGUAACACGUGUCCUGCUUCCUCACUUGCGAUGACAUGCAUGUUCCUCAUGCUCAGGUGGGUGCCAGCACCGUGCCCCAGCCCACUUAACUUCAUCGCUCCUUGUCAGCCUCGUGAUUCCUGCUAAUCUCUCUUCACUUUGCCGGUGCUAACAAAGCUCUCUCCUUUCUAAUGGUCUGGAUGUCUAAUCAGUCUAGCUGUCCUUUGUCCUGCCAUGCUGUUAUCCGCUGACUGCUCCUAGGCCUGUGGCUCCUAUUUCACAGCCCUGAAGACUGUUUUUGACUCAUUCCAAGGACGUGUUAUUUGUUUUGGCCGCACUCUUACUCUGAAUAAUACAGCCCCGGCCUUGA